AUGUGGGCGGAGCGGGUGGUCGGGGAGCGCCGGAUGCGGCAGAUCCAGCGCUUCGCGCGGAACGCCAAGCUCACCGUCGUCUGCCUCCUCCUCACCGUCGUCGUGCUCCGCGGCACCGUCGGCGCCGGCCGCUUCGGCACGCCGCAGCAGGACCUCAUCGAGCUCCGCCAGCACUUCGUCUCCCACCCGCACCGGGCGCUCGCCGAGCACCACGACGCCAGAUCUCCGGACUGGGACGAGCAGCGCGCCGCCUGGCACCGCCGCCACCCGGAGACGCCGCCCUUCCUCAACGACAUCAAGCCGCGGGUGCUGCUCGUCACGGGCUCCUCGCCCAAGCCCUGCGAGAACCCCGUCGGGGACCACUACCUCCUCAAGUCCAUCAAGAACAAGAUGGAUUACUGCCGCGUCCACGGCAUCGAGGUCUUCUACAACAUGGCGCUGCUCGACGCCGAGAUGGCCGGCUUCUGGGCCAAACUCCCGCUCCUGCGGGCGCUGCUGCUCGCGCACCCGGAGGUCGAGUUCAUCUGGUGGAUGGACUCUGACGCCAUGUUCACCGACAUGGCAUUCGAGCUCCCAUGGGAGCGCUACGGGCCGUACAACCUGAUCAUGCACGGCUGGGACGAGAUGGUCUACGACAACAAGAAUUGGAUUGGGCUCAACACCGGCAGCUUCUUGCUGCGCAACUGCCAGUGGUCGCUUGACAUGCUGGAUACCUGGGCGCCAAUGGGGCCAAAGGGCCCUGUCCGCAUCGAGGCCGGCAAGGUGCUGACCAAGUCCCUGAAGGAUCGGCCAGUAUUCGAGGCCGAUGAUCAGUCGGCCAUGGUGUACAUCCUUGCAACACAGCGCGAGAAAUGGGGUGAUAAGGUUUACCUUGAGAAUGGGUACUACCUUCACGGCUACUGGGGGAUCUUGGUCGACAGGUAUGAGGAGAUGCUUGAGAAUUACAAGCCAGGGCUCGGCGAUCACCGGUGGCCGCUCGUCACCCACUUUGUCGGGUGCAAGCCAUGUGGCAAAUUUGGAGACUACCCUGUCGAGCGAUGCCUCAAGAAUAUGGACCGUGCAUUCAAUUUUGGGGAUAACCAGAUCUUGCAGAUGUAUGGGUUCACACACAAGUCACUAGCAAGCAGGAGAGUGAAGAGGAUCAGGAACGAGACCAGCAACCCUCUUGAGACGAAGGAUGAGCUUGGGUUGCUUCAUCCAGCAUUCAAGGCUGUGAAGACUUCCACAUGA